AUGCGACGUUUCGACGUUAAAAUCGGUUUUCUUGAACGUUUAUCGCUAACCAUAAGUGCCAGUGGACGUGAAAUUUUGGCGAAAUCGCGUGAUGGAACAACAGUACGGCAGUGUUCAUGCGAAGAGGAAGCAACGUGUAUCACAGAGAUUGAACACGAUAUCGUCAAAUGUGCUAAUGGUUGCUUUGAUAUGGCUGAACAGGUGAUUGAUUCAUUCACCUUUCGUGGUGUUACUCACUGA